CCGGGGCCGGGCCGGGCCGGGCUCCGCCCGCCGCUGUCGGAGGCUCCGCCGGGCCGGGGCCGGUGGCGCAGAGCGGGACCCUCCCGAGCCCGCGUCCGUCCCGCUCCCGGGAGGGGAGGAGCCGGGGGGGCUCCCGGGGAGGAGCCCGGGGGGCUCCCGAUGAGGCGCCGGAGGAUGAACCAGCUGUACAUCGGCAACCUCAGCCCCGCCGCCACCGCCCAGGACCUCCGGCAGCUCUUCGGGGAGCGGCAGCUGCCACUGCCCGGCCAGGUCCUCCUCAAGUCCGGCUACGCCUUCGUGGACUACCCGGACCAAAACUGGGCCAUCCGGGCCAUCGAGACCCUCUCGGGGAAAGUGGAGCUGCACGGCAAAGUGAUGGAAGUGGAUUAUUCCGUGCCCAAAAAGCUCAGGAGCAGGAAGAUCCAGAUCCGAAACAUCCCUCCCCACCUACAGUGGGAGGUGCUGGAUGGCCUCUUAGCUCAGUAUGGCACUGUGGAGAAUGUAGAGCAAGUGAACACAGACACAGAAACUGCCGUUGUCAACGUGACCUACGCCACGAAGGAAGAGGCAAAAGUAGCAAUAGAGAAGCUGAGCGACCACCAGUUUGAGAACUAUUCCUUCAAGAUUUCCUACAUCCCGGAUGAAGAGGUGAGCUCCCCUCCGCCCCCCCAGCGAUCCCGCCGCGGGGGCCACUCUUCCAGGGAGCGGGGCUCCUCCCCGGGGGGCUCCUCGCAGCCCAAACAGCUCGAUUUCCCACUGCGGAUGCUGGUGCCCACGCAGUUUGUUGGUGCGAUCAUAGGAAAGGAGGGCUUGACCAUAAAGAACCUUACUAAGCAAACCCAGUCCAAGGUUGACAUCCAUCGCAAGGAGAACGCCGGCGCUGCCGAGAAGCCCAUCACCAUCCACGCCACGCCAGAGGGGUGCUCGGAAGCGUGCCGCAUGAUCCUGGAUAUCAUGCAGAAGGAGGCUGAUGAAACGAAAUCAGCAGAAGAGAUUCCCUUGAAAAUCCUGGCACACAACAGCCUGGUGGGGAGGUUGAUUGGCAAGGAGGGCCGCAACCUCAAGAAGAUUGAGCAGGACACGGGCACAAAGAUCACCAUCUCCCCUUUGCAGGACCUGACCAUCUACAACCCCGAGCGCACCAUCACGGUGAAGGGCAGCACGGAGGCCUGCUCCAGCGCCGAGGUGGAGAUCAUGAAGAAGCUGCGCGAGGCCUACGAGAGCGACGUGGUGGCCGUCAACCAACAGGCCAACCUGAUCCCAGGACUGAACCUCAGUGCUUUGGGCAUCUUCUCCACGGGGCUGUCCAUGCUGCCGUCCACGCCAGGGGCCCGAGGGGCUGCAGCUGCCACCCCCUACCACCCCUUUGCACAGCAGAGCGGGCGGAGGAGGACGGGCUCCUCAGCCUAUCUGUCGAGUCUGUACGGAGCCCCCGCAGCUGGCGCCUUCCCCCAUCAGCACCCCCUGCCGGAGCAGGAGGUUGUGAACUUGUUCAUCCCAACACAGGCAGUGGGGGCCAUCAUUGGGAAGAAGGGGCAGCACAUCAAGCAGCUGGCACGGUUUGCUGGCGCCUCCAUCAAGAUCGCCCCGGCAGAAGGUCCGGAGGCCAUCGAGCGCAUGGUGAUCAUCACGGGGCCACCUGAGGCUCAGUUCAAGGCCCAGGGGCGAAUAUUUGGGAAGCUGAAAGAGGAAAACUUCUUUAGCCCAAAAGAAGAAGUGAAGCUUGAAGCACACAUCAAGGUGCCUUCCUUCGCCGCCGGCCGCGUCAUCGGCAAAGGUGGCAAGACGGUGAACGAACUGCAGAACUUAACGAGCGCAGAAGUCAUUGUGCCGCGAGACCAAACCCCGGACGAGAACGAGGAGGUCAUCGUCAAAAUCAUUGGGCAUUUCUUUGCCAGUCAGACCGCCCAGCGCAAGAUCAGGGAAAUCGUGCAGCAGGUGAAGCAGCAGGAGCACAAACACGCUCAGGGAGCCGUGGCCUCGCAGCACAGCAAGUGAGGCUCCCGCCAGCACCGCCCGACGAAUGUAACCCCCGCCGCCAGCGCCGGAGCCCAGCAGGCCAGGGGACAAACCAAAGAGCGCCGAGCCCCCCGGCAGCCCGGCCGCGCAGAGCCGGGGCACGGGGGGCUCUCUCCAUCCCGCAGCUUCCGCCUUACUCCGUCGCCUCCCCGCCGCUCCCCCGUCAGUGGAACUAACACAGGCACAGAGAGGUGGUUUUUAGUUCGGAAUUCUCCCCAAACCUGCCCAUUCCACCCCGCAGGAGCUGGCCCGGCCUGGGGGGGCCGCGGCGCUCGUUAAUUUAGAAUUAAUAUAUCAGUAACAAAACUAACGCCGAUUUUUAAGUUUUGUAAGAUUUUAUUUUUUAACUCACUUUUUAAAAAUUUUUUGGGGGAGGGGGGGCUGUUUGUUUUUAGCAAAAGCAGGCUUUUCUAGAGGUUUAAUGGCAGGAGCUGGUUCAUUGGUUCUCUAAUGCACCGUAGAGCAGAGCUAUAGGAUUGCCAGCAGGGAAAAAAAUACUAAGUGUUAAAAAGCAAUUUCUGAAGGGCUUUGAGAAGAGCAGGGCCUGUAGGAGCCAAGAAGAUUCCUCAUGUAGGAAUUGUUCCUCUCCUUCACACACCUUUUCCUCUUUGCUUUGGACUCGAAAAGUGGGGUUUGCAUCUGUUCUGUCCCCCCUUUCUGUCUGUCUGUCCUCUCUCCAUCACUGCCCAGCACUGACAUCCCUAGAGAAUGAUGGGCAGCACCAGCCCUGCCCACUUUGGACUGGGAUCUUUGUGGAAAAGAUCCCUGUUGUAGGGAGAGGAGGGGGAAAUGGGUGAAAAAAACCAGAUUUACAAGAGGUUGUCAGCCCAGGGCUGGAAAACCCAACCGGCAAAAUUGGCUUCAAAUGAAAAAUAACCCAAAUAACCCUCCCAAAACACACACAGAGAAAAACUACCUCAGGUUUUCGUACCUCAGCACCUUGCGCUUGUGUUGCCCUUUUAGAGAUUUUUGUAUGCCUUGUAAAACUGAUAGUUGGAGCAUUUUUUUAUUUUUGUAAUAAAAAAAAACCGAGUUGGAAAAAUGAUCUCGACCAAGUCAGCUGCGAGGUGGAAGAAGGAAACCAUCCCCCGUGUCCCAGAGCUCUUCCGUAGUCUCCUGCAAACCGAGAGCCAGUGGCUGUUCCUUCGGAGAAAGCUUGAGAAAUGGUUAAAAAGAACAAAAAAAAAAAAAAAAAAAAAGGGAAAAAAAAAAAAGCCAAACACAAUUUAAAAAAAAGGUUUAAGCAAAUCCAAGUGAUGGAUGGAAGCGGUGGAAGCCGACGGGCAGAGCAGGGAUGGGAGCGGAGGUGCCGGUGCCAGCGCCGCUCCCGUGGGCUGCAAAUCCGUGUUUUCCUCUACUGCAAAGUGUUCUGUGAAAACCAACCCGAGACACCAACAAAAAAGAGAAAUAUAUCCAGCUAACCAGA